AUGCCCGCGACACUCUCCUUCGUCACUCUCGACGUCUUCACCGCCACACGCUACACCGGCAACCCUCUCGCCAUCAUCCGAGUCCCCUCGUCCACGACACUGAGCCAAUCCCAGAAACAGCGAAUCGCUCGCGAAUUCAACCUCUCCGAGUCCGUUUUCUUGCACGAGCAAACCGAGUCCGACAAGUCAAACGAGUCCGUGCGCAUCGACAUCUUCACCGCGCAAGCCGAGGUCCCCUUCGCGGGUCACCCUACAGUCGGCACCGCGAACUACCUGCUCCGCAUCCUACCAAAGGACGGUCCUCUCCGCGGCAUCGAAGCGCUUCAGGCCAAAGCGGGCCGGUUUGGAAUCACGCUCGACGACAGCGUCGCCGGAGCACGCAUCUCCGUGGCCCACAACGUCCAUGUCCACUCUUCCCUUGGACUUGAGCAGCGGCUGCUCACAGGGCAGCCUCGUUACGUAGCUUACUCUGUCAUAAGCAUCGUCAAGGGCAUGAACUUUAUUCUCGUCCAGCUUGCCGACCUGGAUGCUCUGAAGAACCAGACCGGAAAUCUAGUCGGGUCGGAGAGUACCUAUACAGCUCACACCGCCCUCGACGAGGGAUGGAGGACUGGGCUCCUGUGUACUUAUUUCUACGUCGACCUCGGCCAUGGUCCUUCUUCUUCUCCUUCUGAUUCCGAUUCUGGUUCCGAACCGACAACACGCCAUCUCCGAACUCGCAUGUUCGGAUCCCGCGAGGACCCAGCCACCGGCAGCGCAGCCAGCGCCCUUGCAAGCUACCUCUCUCUCCAGACCGGCACGGCAGGCCGAUACAAGUACCACAUCACGCAGGGUGUCGAAAUGGGCCAGCGGGGUGAAAUUUCCGUCGAGGUGUCGACCACCACUGCCGCCGCCGCCACCGAAGGCGUCGUGGAGAUAAGCGAGGUCUUGCUUGGUGGGAGCGCAGUUUUGAACAUGCAAGGGACCCUUGAGGUUCCUGACAGUGACGAACUCUGA